UUUUGAGCGCCGUUCUCCGGACGAGUUGACGCCAAGGUAGUGAGGGUUCCAGUGGCGAGGACGUCGGCGGCCGAGGGAAGAACUUUCUCUGAAAUAUGGACUCUUCCUCCGGUCGUUGAGAGUCGUCGCCACUCGGUGCGGAGACGCCAGAAUUACUUACUUACUUCCGUGGUCGUUUAUUGUUUUUGUACCCCCCCGCGCGGAGAAUGAAGUCAAUUCGCAGGUGUCGGUUAAUUAGCGGCUAACGCUCAUUUCUCGAGAAGUCCUCCAUGGGGGGGGUCUUCUUCUUCUCUUUUUAUUCGUCCUCGAAUGAGACGACUAUGGAGGAGUGUGAAGACAGGUCCACCGAAGUGGACUUGAGGAGCAGCCGCUUCGACUCGGAUUUCGGGAGCGAAUCCAAAGUGGGAGAGGACCAAAAUACAGAGAGUACCGAAGAUGAGUGUGACGAAGACGAGAAGCUGGACCACAUCCUCUACCCACCCUCGACCGCGUCGUCGCUCAGGAAGUCCAGCCACCCCGAGCUGCCGCCACGCUUCAAGCGCCAACUCAGCGACGACGGCAGGAACAUAAGACGACGCAGUUUGGGCGGCGGUCUGACAGGGAAGUACCUUCUGCUCCCAGCUCACGCCCAGCAAACAUCAUGGCCGCCGCAGUGGUUUCCCGACACCUCCUCUAACCUGGUCCGCAUGCGCGCGCUCAACCUCGGCAAGUCGGACCCGUCCCUCACCUCCAGCCAGAAAGAGCUCAGUCUUCCCCGGAGAGGCAGCCUCCUCACGCCCCGAAGUUUGAGCCCCACUCCCACUAGUCCUUGCAGUCCGUGUAGCCCGCUGCACGCCUUUCACUUCUGGAGCUGUCGGACAAGCAACAGGAAAAGCCUGAUUGGAAGCAGCCAGUCCACAGGUUUACCCCGACCCCACUCGCCACUCUCGUCUUUCACAGGGACGAGUCCACAGGACAGCCCGAGGAACUUCUCCCCGAGUGCCUCCGCUCAUUUCUCCUUUGCACGAAGGUAUUUACUUUUUUUGUCGCGGCUCGCUCGUAAGACGAAUGAUUGUUUUGACGUUGGCGUUUGUGGCGUCAGGAGCGAUGGUCGCCGCUGGUCGCUGGCCUCCCUUCCCUCCUCUGGAUAUGGAACCAACACGCCCAACUCCACCGUCUCUUCAUCCUGUUCAUCACAGGAGAAGCUGCACCAGCUGCCCUUCCAGCCCACGCCGGACGAGCUGCAUUUCCUCUCCAAGCACUUCUGCACCGAGAACAUCUCCGCCGACGAGUGUCGCCGGGCAGCCGGCAUGCGCCCGCGCUCGCGCAGCCUCAGCCCUGGGAGGUCUCCGUCCUGUUACGACCACGAGAUCAUCAUGAUGAAUCACGUCUACAAGGAGCGCUUCCCCAAGGCCACCGCUCAGAUGGAAGAGAAAAUCCAGGAGAUCAUCCGCGGCAACUCUCCCGAGAGCGUUCUGCCGCUGGCCGACGGCGUGCUCGGCUUCGCCCACCACCAGAUCAUCGAGCUGGCACGCGACUGUCUGGAGAAGAGCCGCUUGGGCCUGGUCACGUCCAGCUACUUCUGCGAGCUCACCGACAAGCUGGAGAGGCUCGUGCAGGAAUCCACCGAGCGUUCUGAGAGCGAGGAGGUCAACUUCAUCCGCGAGCUGGCCAAGAAGAUCCUCAUGGUCAUCGCCCGACCGGCCCGACUGCUGGAAUGUCUGGAGUUUGACCCCGAGGAGUUCUACCACCUCCUGGAGGCGGCCGAGGGCCACGCCAAGGAGGGUCAGGGUAUUAAGACUGACAUCCCGCGUUACAUCAUCAGCCAGCUGGGUCUGACCAGAGAUCCUUUGGAAGAGAUGGCUCAGUUGAGCAGCAGUGACAGCGGCAUUGCACAAACUCCAGAAACCGACGACUGCUCCCCAAGUUUGAGCGGCGCCCUGAGGUCCAGACGCAAACCGUGCGAGUUGGACUUUGAGUUGACCAAACUCAUCAGCAACGGCGCCUACGGCGCGGUGUACUUGGUGCGGCACAAGGAGAGCAAGCAGCGUUUCGCCAUGAAGAAGAUCAACAAGCAGAACCUGAUGCUGAGGAACCAGAUCCAGCAGGCGUUUGUGGAGAGGGACAUCCUCACCUUUGCAGAGAACCCCUUCGUGGUCUCUAUGUACUGCUCCUUUGAGACCAGACGGCACCUCUGCAUGGUCAUGGAGUACGUGGAAGGAGGAGACUGCGCCACCCUGCUGAAGAACAUGGGCCCGCUUCCCGUGGACAUGGCCCGGAUGUACUUUGCCGAGACUGUGCUGGCACUGGAGUACCUGCACAACUACGGCGUCGUGCAUCGAGACCUCAAACCAGACAAUUUGCUGGUGACGUCCAUGGGCCACAUUAAGCUGACGGAUUUCGGCCUGUCCAAAGUGGGCCUGAUGAACAUGACCACAAACCUGUACGAAGGGCACAUCGAGAAGGACGCUCGCGAGUUCUCCGACAAGCAGGUGUGCGGCACGCCAGAGUACAUCGCUCCCGAGGUGAUCCUGAGGCAAGGCUACGGCAAGCCGGUGGACUGGUGGGCCAUGGGCAUCAUCCUCUAUGAAUUCCUGGUGGGCUGCGUGCCCUUUUUUGGGGACACGCCCGAGGAGCUCUUUGGGCAGGUCAUCAGCGAUGAGAUCAACUGGCCCGACGGAGAAGAAGCGCCGCCUGGUGAUGCCCAAGAGCUCAUCAGCGUUCUGCUCAGGCAGAAUCCUUUAGAGAGGAUGGGCGCAGGUGGCGCUGCCGAAGUAAAGCAGCAUUCCUUCUUUCACCACCUGGACUGGAACGGCCUCCUCCGGCAGAAGGCCGAGUUCAUCCCCCAGCUGGAGUCCGAGGAUGACACCAGCUACUUUGACACUCGCUCGGAGCGCUACCACCACCUGGAGACGGAGGAGGACGACACCAACGACGAGGACUUCAACGUGGAACUGCGCCAGUUCUCCUCCUGCUCUCACCGCUUCUCCAAGGUGUACAGCAGUCUGGACUUGUCUCGCGGCCACGUCGAGGAGAAAGGCGACGCCCCGGAAGACAAGAAAAGCGAGAGCCCACCCAUGCUGGACACGCUCAGCUGGACGCCCGACUUCACAGACAUGCCAUCACUGCCGGCGGACAGCGAGCCGCUCCCGCAGAGUCCAAGCGCCGGCUUGCUCCCCAAGUUCGCCAUCUCGGCCUCGGAGAACGAAGUAGACGAGUCGUCCGGCAAGACGUCCAUGUCUGUCGGGGAGCUGCCGCGGGACGAGCACGAUGCCACCACGCCAGGGAGCACUCGCAGUGGGGCAACGCUCUCUGGGAGUUUCUCUGAGCAUCUGGACCAGCUGACGCCCCGGGGCGAGGGCGUGCAGAGCCCGGUCGGAGACCAAGGGACGUCUGGGCUCUCUCCCAGACCCAGCGGAGGCGGUGGGCACGAGAAGCCGCAAAUAUCCAAAGUCCCCAAGUCUGUUUCCACCGGCGCACUUUCGCUCAUGAUCCCCUCAGACAUGUUUGGCGCUUCACCGCUGGCCAGCCCGCUGUCCCCUUACUCGCUGUCGUCGGAUCCCUCCUCCUCGCGAGACUCUUCGCCCAGCCGAGACUCGUUCUCCUCCUCGCUUUUGGCGCGGCAGCCGGUCGUCAUCCACGGCAGCGGCAAGAAAUUUGGCUUCACUUUGCGGGCCAUCCGCGUGUACGCCUGCGACAGCGACGUCUACACCGUCUACCACAUGGUCUGGAACGUGGAAGACGGCGGCCCCGCGCAGAAAGCCGGACUCAAAGCCGGCGACCUCAUCACUCACGUCAACGGCGAGGCGGUCCACGGGCUCGUCCACACCGAGGUGGUGGAGCUUCUAGUUAAGAGCGGAAGGAAGGUGUCAAUCACCACCACCCCUUUCGAAAACACGUCCAUCAAGAGAGGCCCCGCCAGGAGGAACAGCUACAGGAGCAAGAUGGUGCGAUGUGCCAAGAAGGCCAAAAAGGAGAAGACACCGGAAAGGCGGCGUUCCCUCUUCCGGCGUUUUGCCAUGCAGCCGUCGCCUCUGCUUCACACCAGUCGCAGCUUCACGUCGCUCAACCAUUCGCUGUCGUCGGGUGAGAGUCUGCCCGGCUCGCCCACGCAUAGCCUCUCGCCCCGCUCGCCCACCGGCGCUUUACGCCCACCUCCUGACUUCACCCUCUCAGGUGGCAACUCUUCCCAAAGCAGCUCACCCAGCUCCAGCACGCCAAACUCCCCCGCGGGUUCAACUCACAUCCGGCCCAGCACCUUGCACGGCCUGGGUCCCAAGCUACCGGGCCAGCGGCUCCGUCAGGGGCGGCGUAAGUCCGCAGGGAGCAUUCCUCUCUCCCCUUUGGCGCGCACACCCUCGCCGACCCCGCAGCCCGCCUCCCCUCAGCGCUCGCCCUCGCCGCUGCUCAGCGGACACUCUGUGGCCAUUUCCAAAAGCGCCCAGGCCUUCCCCACCAAGAUCCACUCGCCACCCACCAUCAUCCGCCACAUUGUGCGGCCUAAAAGCGCCGAGCCGCCGCGCUCCCCGCUCCUGAAACGGGUGCAGUCCGAGGAGAAGCUGUCGCCCUCCUACGUGGCCGACAAGAAGCACCUGUGUGCCCGCAAGCAAAGCCUGGAGGUGACGCAGGAGGAGGCUCAGGAUCAGGAGGACGAAGACACCGGCGAGGGCAACGCCACGGACGGGAGUGCCUGCGAGGUGGCGAUAACGGCCGUCCCCCGAGUUCGGCCCGUCGAGCAGGGCUGCUUGAAAAGGCCGGCGGGCCGCAGGGAACGGCAGGAGUCGCUGGACGAACUCGACAAAACCGGCACCAAGCGGGAAUCCGAUCCAUCAGGCGGCGAUGACUUCCUUUCCCGUCCGCAAAGCAAAACCGAAACGGCCAGCGUGGCCCUGAAAGACGUCCUGUACAAAAAACUCAGCCGCGCGUCGGACGUGGUCAGCGACUCGGCUGCGAGCGACGGAGAUCGCUCGCAUCCUCGAGCGCCCAAAGACAAAAUGGAGAGGUCGGAGCUCAAGGCUUCCAGCAUGGACUUCACCAGGAAGCGGCUCUCCUUCGAAGAGCGAGACGACUUUGUGUGUCGACUUUCCCCCACCGUCCAUGACAACUUCCAUUUCGGUGCCACCCGCUCCAAAAGUCUCCAGCUGGACACGGCCGUGGCUGCUCACGAGCACAUGAAGGCCGGACUGGGCGGUGAAGGGCCGAUGGGCCCUAAGAUGUUUUCGGGACGAGGGGAGAGCGCCGUGGAGAAACUGCAGCUCAUUUCGUCAGGCGAGUGCCCUCUGAGGAAGACGUCGUCGGACUACAAACUGGAGGGCCGGCACGUGUCCCCUCUCAAGCCUCUGGAGGGCACCCUGGAUAUCGGCCUCCUCUCGGGGCCCAGAAUCUCCAAAACGGACACGUGUCUCUCCAAAAUGGCAGAGAGCAAAUUUGCCGUCCCUCCCCAGUGGCUCCAGAAUGUGGCGGAACGACAGCUGAAAGCUCCCGACAAGCCCAAAAGUCCUUUAGCGUGCCCCACGAGUCCCGACACCGCCGCUUCCCCGACUCCGUUUCCCAAGGAGCACUCGAUCGGAGAGAAAACAAAGAGCCGACAUGAUGGUGACAGCCCCAAGCAGGAGAGCAGAACCUGCCUGAAGGUGGCCGCUUCCCGUCACAGCUCGCACUUCUCCUGCGGGAAGACACCUUCCAUUCGGGAAGUCAGCAACGAAGACCAGGAUGACGAAACGGAUCAGCCGCAAGUCGACGGGAGGAUUUCCCCUGUGGGAGCAGAUGCUUGUUCUCCUGCGAGGUUGGGUCUGGACAAAGAAAGCAUACCCAGUGACAAUUCCAGUUCCGGCCCAAAUGUUGCUUCAUCUAAGCUCGUCAGAACCUCUUCCGGUCAGACCUUUCCCGUUCACUGUGACGGGUCCACCUCGAAAAAGAUUAGUGAUCCAAGAGUGGAACUGGGUGGUGUACAAGCCGUGUCCGUGUUUAGUUUAGGCGCCAUGUCAGUGGGUGUCACACCAAUGCCCAAGAAAGAGCAUCUGCCAUCAGACGAUUCCAAGGCCGAAGGUUCUUCCAAGCUGUUGGAAGAACAGGUCUCGAGGAUUCCAGACAUUUGCACCUCGAAUCAGCAGGAAGGCGGCGAUGCCACGGCAGGUCCUAGUGAAACCACUUUGGUCCACAAAACUAGGUCAAGCCCCCAAUCCACCCCGGUCCUCGAUCCAAAACAUUCAUUUCGAGAAGCCCCUCCUGUUUCUCACGUAGCCCUCGAGUCCAAAUGCAGGGAGCCUACAUUCCUCUUUGGUGAGGAAUCAACGCAGCCCAGCGACGCCAAGCCGCCGGAACCGAAAUGUCCAGUAGCAGCCUCCCGUCCGGCGGUCAAAGAAAGCACAAACUCAAAGGGGAAACUUCUGAAGAGCAUCCCCAUGGGGGCGCCACACAAGCCAUCCGUGGUGCCGCCCAAGCUCAAAGAUCCCUCGCCCAAAAAGCAGCCCGUUAAGGAGCAUCACGACUCAAAGCCAAAACACCCCGAAGCCAAGGCGAGCGGCGACGCCUCGGAACCCCCCGACAAAACGUUGCCUCCCGACAAGGCGGCCAAGAAGAAACCGGCCCGCCGGGAAACCACAAAUGAGACCCGUGCAGGGGCACGGACAAAGACACAGCUCGAGGGAAGGCGUCGUGUGUGACUUCCUGUCACGACAAAGUACCAUUGGUGCGUUUUCAUCAACAUUUUGUUUUUAAACGAAGGACCGGACAAGCUGUUACGCCGGAGCCCGGCCAAUCGUGAGACGCCUCGCCGGUCAGGUGCCAUAAAAAGCUUGUUUGUUGUUUUAAUGCAGUACAGCCUCCGUCGCGUUGCUUGGCGUCCACCAACGGUGAAAGUCGUCCUCACAUUCCUUUCUGUGUGGUUUGGAUUGGUCGCUUCAUUUCGGAGUUUUGCGUUCACCGCCGAUGGCUUUCUCGUCUGGAAACUGAGGCGAGAGUGAGUGCGUGAUAAUGUAGCAUCUUGCGAAUACAACGGAUUAAGAAUGUGGUCGGUGUCUAACGUACUGGAUGGGCAUCGUGUUUUUUGGCGAGGGACGAUCCACUGCACUGGUGGCGCCCGACUGGUUGUCCCAAUUGGUUAAAAAAGAUGUAACGUUACCUCGAGUUAGGAGGAUUCAUGUCAUUUGCGCAUUUUGAGGCCUUAGAAAAAAUAAGCACGAGUCAAUAGCCGUUUGGGAUUGAUUUUUGGGGGGGGGGGCAUUUUAUCAUAGGAAGAAACAAACGCACCUUAAUUGCUCACAGCUCGGGCGUCAUGAAUGACGAGAGAAAAAAAACGUCGUUUGUCUUGAACAGAGCCAUUAAAGCAUCCAGUCGAAAGCACAUUGAUGUUUGUUUACUCGCCUUCGCCGCUGUCUCUAUUUUUUUAUCGUGCUCAUUUGCCAAAAUGUUUGUUGUGUGUCUGUCACCCACGUGGAGGGAAAAAAAAAAAAAAAAAAAAGUCGUCUCGAAGCGGUCCGCCCGUCCUGUCUCCACUGUGCCGUUGUUAUUUCCACUGUGUAAACACUAGCGUUAGCCACGUUUGCUUCCUCCCACUUGCUUUUUUGUCUUUUAGAAGAUGUGCAAUAAAAAGUUGUUAUUGAGUUUUUGUAUUUUGCCCGAGGAGAAACGCUCUAUGGAUGUCAUAGAUGUUGUAUAUUUAAAAAAAAAAAGAAAACAGAUAUUUAUAUACUUCUAAUGUUGCGUCAUAACGAGAAUAAAACUGAAUCAGAUGA